AUGCUGCACCUCGGGAUGGGCCCUGCGCUGGCCACCCUCAACAACAUCGCGGGACCCAUCACAGGCUUCUUCACGGGGCCCCUCGUCGGCGCCACGUCCGACUCGCUCACGUCGCCGUACGGCCGCCGUAGGCCUGUCAUUGUGGUGGGUCUCGUCGCCACUUGGGUGGCUGGCAUGCUGUUCGCGUCCGCGGAGCACCUGCUCCCCAAGGAGAAGGCCAUUAUGUUCGCGGCCCCAAUGUACUGGGUGAUGGAUGUCACCAUCAACAUUCUGCAGACCCCUCACCGUGCUUUGGUGGCCGACUUGGCCUCCGACGAGCAGCAGGUGCCCAUGCAGGUCGUCUUCGUCUGCCUGAUGGCCAUCGGCAAUUUCGUUGCGUUCUCCAUCAUGCAGAUAUACGACGUGACCGUGGAGCACAUGUUUGAGCUGAUGCUACUCGUGUGCGCCCUCAACACCGCCGCCGUUGCCAUCCAGUUCCUGGUGGCCACGGAGACACCACUCGCCCGCGACCCGGACAAGGAGGGCGCCGGAGCGUGUGCGCCUGUGGUGGACGUGGCGAAAGCGGUGAAGGGCAGCCCCAGGAUCCUCUACCACCUGGCCUUCGUGCAGUGCCUGGUGUGGAUCGGUCUCACCUCGUGGAACUUAUACGCCGGGCAGUGGUUUGGCGUGUCGGUGUACGGGGGCGACGAGACGGCCGAGCCGGGCUCCCCAGAGCACGAGGCGUACGCCAGGGGCGAGACGCAGUUCGCGCAGGGGGGGCAGUGCAAGGCCGUACUGGGGCUCGUGUCCUCCCUGGUCAUCAUCCUGGUACUCUUGCACACCAAGAUCCCUCCGAGGCUGGUGUACGCCCCCCGUGCAUCUUCGGCGGGGCCAUCGUGGGGGUUCUGGCCGCCUUCUUCGUCAAGCAGAACGGUCUCUUCGCGCUAG